AUGGAGCAAUCUGGCCGCCAAGGAACGGGUGGUCAUUCUGGGAUCAGCCUCGAUCAGUCUGCGCAACUCAUCGUCAUCGACCUCGGAGGGCCGCCCAGACCUGGGCUCAUCUUGGAGGGUCCUGUUGCCCGCGCGAAACCUGGCGAACCAUCUGCGACACAUUCCUUUGAUGUCUCCCAUGUGAACUCUCACAAAAACUACCAUCGUCGGUAUUCUGUGCAAGGGCAGAAGAAUCCAAGGUCUUACUCACAUGUUGUGGAAGCAAAUGGCGACCAAUAUGCAUUCCUUGCUGUAGAUGCAGCCAUGUUCCCUGGAUUAAAGAGCCCACAUAACUUCUUUGGAAUAAUUGCCCCCGAUGAAUGGCAGAAAGUGUUGACAUUGGAAAGUGAGAUACCCAAAGAUGCAUACAAGAUAUUCUUUGGGCAUUACCCAUCAUCUGUCAUUGUCUCUCCUAGUCCUGGCAUACAGUCUCUCUUGAGUAAGGGAUUGGUAUACCUUUGUGGGCAUUUGCAUACCUUAGGAGGCUUGAUUCAUCAUAUGUAUGCUCUCCAACCUCUUGGAAACUUAGAGCUGGAACUUGCUGAUUGGAAAUUCUCUCGAAGGUUCAGGGUGGCAGCUAUAGAUCAUGGAUUAUUCUCCUUUGUGGAUCACACAAUGAGUGAAUGGCCCAUCAUCCUUGUGACGAAUCCUAAAGAUAAUUCACUUUCUUCACCCUUGAAAGAACCUUUACAUUUGAUGCAGAACUCAACACAUGUUCGGGUCCUAGUGUUUUCACUGCAAGGGGUUGAAAGAAUUCGUGUCAAAGUGGCCAGUGGCUCGUGGGUCACAGCAGUGCACACCAAUGGCCCACUGUAUGUAGUUCCAUGGGAUUUACUUUUGUGGAACCAGUCUGUGAAGGGGACGUUACUCCUCCACGUGGAAGCGGUAGAGAAGGAUGGGAAUUCUAGGACUGUCUCUCAACCAUUCUCUUUGGAUGGAACAUAUUCACAGACUAGUUUUGGUGCACGCUUUGUUCUUCGAACCAACAUGCUUAAAAUGUGGCUGAGGAAGAUUUGGCUUAUGACUACAUUGAACAUGAUCUUCUAUCCUCUUGUUAUAUUGCUUCUCUACACUGCUAUAGGCCCUAUCUUUGGAGGAGAACUUAUAGAAGGAUAUUAUGGAGUGGGAUUUGCUUGGGGCAUUUAUGUUGGACCAUGGUAUGUUCCUGGAUCCCAGAGCUUCACAAUAGGAUUCCUGCAUGAAUAUUGCAUUUGCAUGGAUGGCAAAGUGAAAGAUGAAACACUGCAUUCACCAACUGGGGAUACAUAUUCUUGCAGUGAUGCUACUUCAAAGAUUUUCAUUAUGUUUGCAGAGGAGUUGUUUUGUUCCUCCGACACCAUCUUUUGUCCCUCUGCUAAUGCAGAUGAUCUUCGCAUGCAUUUUGCAUACUCAUCAGCAGGGAAGAAUGAACCCCAAUCCUCGCUUCUGCAUAAUGGGACUGUGAUGAAUUGUCUCAUUCUGAUGGAGUGA